AUGAGUGGCAGUUCGACUCAGUCUUCUCGUACGAGUCCAGCUUCCUAUAGCACCACUCAGCGCACGGCUUCGAUCUCUUCGGGCGCGUCGCCUCCGCAGCAGUCGCUUCCUUCCUCGCAGCCGCCUUCGACGGCCCAGAAUGCGAUGUCGACCGACGUGUACAGCCCUACUGCGUCGCAAGCAUCGAACUCCCUCGGCGGCUCCUUUUCCUACCCCUUCUCGCCUCUCGGCUCCUCGUCCCCGUUUGAUACCGUUGCGCCCGGCAACAUGCGUCUGAGCGAUUCCGAUCGUACACCCCAGGGCCUGAGCGGCUUUGGCCGAUCUGCUAAUGGCAAUACUGGUGGUGCGAUCUUGAUGCGAAAGCUGCCGAGAAAUACUAGUCGCGAAGCGUUGCGCAGCAUGCUGCUUUUCGCCAAAGAUUUCGUGGAUGCGGAUUUUGUUCCUGUCGACUUCCCAGAGGACCACGGAUAUCUGUGCGCCCUUGCACGCUUCAAUACGAUGGCUGCCGCAGAAGAAGCGCAAGCCUUACUUGAUGGCAAGCCAAACUCCAAAAAUGAUGCAAAUAUGAUCGUCGAAAUCUGCAAUGGAACGGUCGUCGCGUCGUUGAAUCCACCUCGGCGCAACACUAUUGACCAUACGGCGACCCGGACUUUGUUAGGCAAUGGGCCACUAUCGCGGUCCUCCCGUUUUAACGGUACAUUCCAGAGUCUUGAGAAAAUGACCGCGCCAAAUGCAUCCGUACAGUCGACUGGUGAUUCCCUCGCCUCGACCGCAGAGUCAGGGUCUCGCCUGCAGAGCUUAUUCUCUCCCCAGUCGCCCAUUGGCAAUGGUGUCCAUGAUCUUCCCCGCGUUAGUGGCAAGUCGAUGAUCGAUCAAGAUCCCGACGAAGACACGGGUGAGUUGCUCAAGGAUCCGGUCGGCUAUGCCGAAAAUGGUCAUUCUGCCUCGAUGAAUUUGCCGCGGCGCUCGACAAACCCCCAGUAUCCUUCGAGCCGAUUUGCCAAUCUUUCUUUAUCCACGAACAUGACCUCUCCACCGUUGCAGACAUACGCGCCUGGCAAUUCGGCGCGCGUUGGAGUCCCGACCCCGUCGUCUGCUUUCCCGCAGACCAUGAAUGGCAAUAACUUGAUGGGAAACCACGGUUAUCAUUACAAUAAUCAACACACCCCGCGACAUAGUCUUCCUGCUGCCAAUCCGAACGACCUGAAUCCGCCUUGCAAUACACUUUACGUGGGUAAUCUGCCUCCCGAUACUUCCGAGGAAGAGCUCAAAGCUCUCUUCUCCAAGCAGCGCGGGUACAAGCGUCUGUGCUUCCGCAACAAGCAAAACGGUCCCAUGUGUUUCGUCGAGUUUGACGAAGUGGCCAUGGCUAGUAAGGCACUCAACGAGUUGUAUGGAUACAAGCUUUCCAAUAGUGUCAAGACGGGUAUUCGUCUCAGUUUCUCAAAGAAUCCGUUGGGAGUCCGCUCAGGUCAGCCUGGCAGUAUGAGCGCGUCCGGCCACCCUUCUGCUCAAGGCUCCGUCCCAGGUGGCAGCAGUCUCGGAGGUAUGCACAGUCAUAUGUUCUCGACGGUGAGCGGUCCUCCGCCCGGGCUGGCUGCCCCUCCAGGGUUGGCAAUGCCCUUGGCUCUGCGAAACAACGGGGCCAUGCACCCGGCCGGAAACCUUCAAGCGCCUAUCCCCAUCAACGGGUCGUUUAACUCGAACUCUGGCUUGGGAAUCAGGACAACCAAUGUGAAUGCAAUGAUGACUCCCACCCCUCCGCUUACUGGAGGCGUCAGCGGCCCUUCCACCACACCAAAUCUGGGAGCCUUCAAUUCUUAUUACCCCGAUUACAUGAUGGGUCGGUAG